AUGAUGUGCGCUGCCAUUAAGAAUGUCAAACGUUUUCCAGAUGUGCUCAACGGUUGGCGCCUUUUUUCCCUCUUAUAUCUGCUUUUCUUGAACAUUUUUUUCUCUUUUUCGUUUUCCAAUUCGUCUUUUUGCCGCUCUGCUGCUGUUUUCCCUCAUUUCUUUAGUAUUGCGUUACGUUCUUCUUUUUUAACCAUUUCUGUCGUGUUUAUGAUCUUAAAACUCCAGUCUCGUUUUCUUUCUUUUCUUCUUUCCUGCCUUUCCUUUUCUCUCUCUCUUUCUCUCUCACUCUCUCACUCGUUUAUUUUUUCCUAUUGUAUCUCUUUUAUAUCCCGUCUUUCCUCAUUCUCUUGUUUUACCUCUUUGAAAUGUUUUCUAAUCUUUUUCUUUCUUUCUUUCAACAACUCCAUUUUCUUUUAUUCAUUUUCACAUCUAUUUCUUUUUUCUUUCUUUCUUUCUUUCUUUCUUUCUUUCUUUCUUUCUUUCUUUCUUUCUUUGUUAUUCCAUUUUCAUUUUUCUCUUAAUCAGCCACUUCUUUUUCCUUUCUUUCUUAUUCAACCACUUUUUACUAAUUAUUUUUCAUCAGUACGCUUUCUUUCUUUAUUCCUUUCUUCCUUUCUUAUUCAGAGACAUCUUUGCCUCAUUUUUGCAUUUACUUUAUUUCUAUUGUUCGUUCUUUCUUUCGUUAUUUUUCUUUCUAACUCCUUUUUUCUUUCUUCUAUUCUAUCACAUUUCACUAAUUUUUUUAGCUCAGUACUUUCUUUCUUUCUUUCUUAUUCAUCUACUUUUUCUUUCUUUCUUUCUUUCUUUCUUUCUUUAACUAUUUUUCUUUUUUUUCAGUUAAUUUCUUCGUCCCAGGCAGAUUAUUGGUCCGAUUGGAGUAACUGGAGUUUGUGUUCCCGAACUUGUGGAGGUGGUUCCUCAUACCGACUACGCAAAUGCAUUCCCAGUUUUAUAUUUCAAUAUGGCUGCCAAGGUGAAGCGAUUCAAUAUGUAACUUGUAAUAAUGAGCAAUGUCCUAAUCCCAAGGACAAUUUCCGAGCACAACAAUGUUCGGCCUAUGACGACAAUAUGUAUUUUGGGCAGUAUUUUACCUGGAUACCCUACCGAAACCCUUCCGACCCCUGCUCCCUUUACUGCUUGGCUGUGGAAGGAAAUAUUGUUAAAAGCCUCGCUCCCAAAGUUCUGGACGGAACAAGAUGCGAUAACCAAAACUUGGACAUUUGUAUCAACGGCCAAUGUUGGUCCUUUCUUUCUUUUUUAUUUCUUUCUUUCGUUCUUAUUGUUACUUCUUUUUCCAUAAUCCUUUUUUUUUUCUUUCUGAUUGUUAAUUCUUUUUCGAUAAUCCUUUCUUUCUUUCUUUCUUUCUUUCUUUCUUUCUUUCUUUCUUUCUUUCUUCACGUCCCUUAA